AUGUUUCAGGGCAAUUCUAGCUCAGAAGAUCUAGAUGAACGUGGUCUGAUUCAGAAAAUCGAAGAUUCUUUAAAGCAACUGCGCAACACAGAAGUACUUCUGGCGGAUAAAAAUUCGAAAGAUGGAGUUGUCGCAAAUCUUCGAGCAUCCACAGCACAAUUAAUGUCGAAUAUCCGAUUGCUCGAACAUAGCGUCAGUGAUGUUGAAGGUCAUUUAAAAAAGUCAAUUCAAUCCAAAGACACAAUUGAUGGUAUUCGGAAAGCACUGCGCGCACUUCCCAAGGAAUCAAAGAGUCAACUCAAAAUACGACAAGAGUGGGAUAUGAAGAAACUUUAUUCAGAAGUUUUCAAGACCUCGUAUACACGAAAUGACCUUCGCACAUCAGCUCAGAAAGCUGAACUCAAACCGGUAAAGAAAGGCAAUGACGAACCAAAUUUCCGAAAUGCAAUAUGGUGGUAUUCCUGCAAUGAAGCGUCGAUUUAUUAUCAAAUCAAUAGUAUUUUAAAACUUGAAAAUUUUGAACUACUCAUGGCGUACCGUUAUUACAUUAGUGAUCUCUGCAAAAUGAUUGAAUAUAUAUACAAUAAUGAGCAAUCACAAAGUAGUAGAGUGAAUACAUAUUAUCGUGCCGCGUCAAUCUCUCUUGAACGACUGGAGCAAAUGAAAAAGUCACUUGAAGAAAAAAAGAAAGGACAAGUAAUUUCUAUGGGUGGUUUCACAUCCACUACAACCAAUUUGGACAUUGCUAAACGAUAUGCUCGAACCCAAUCAUUAUCUUCUGGAAACGUCCGGGUUCUGUUUCAAAUUAAAGUCGAACCUAAUAAACCGUGUGCAGCUCACGCCUACAUUGAACAAAUAUCAUUUCAUCCUGAAGAGGAAGAGAUGUUGUUCAGUAUGGGCUCAACUUUCUCAGUAGAUAAAAUCGAAGAUCCAGGUUUUCCCGAUACAGAGCAUCAGAAAGAUAAAGUCAAAAGUGCCAAUCCUGGAAAAGAAGAGGUAAACUACUAUACUAUACAUACAACUGCAUGCGAUGUUGAUAAAGCCUUGGUAGAUGAUAUCCGUGCUAAAGUACAAGAAUGUUCCGCUUCUCAAUUAUCUGUUUUACUUGCGCGUUACAUGCUCGAAUUAGGAGAAUAUCGCGCAGCACGAAAGUAUCUCACAGAACUGUGCAACGAAAGUACUGGCAUACUUAAAGAUGAUUUUGCAUUGCCCAGUAUUUAUAAUUGUUUGGGUAUGACAUUUUUUCGUCAAAAUCUUCAUGCUGAUGCUAUCGAAUAUUACGAAAAAGCAUUGGAUUGCCAAGCUCGCAUAGGAUACUCCAAUAAUAAUGCUCUUGCAGAAAUUCAUAAUAAUAUUGGUCUAUCAUAUAUUGGACUUAAACUUAUGGAUGAGGCACAGGCGAUGUUUGAAGAAGCCGAACGUAUUCAAUUACGUGCACCAAUUACUACGCGUGCUCAUCUCGCAUCGAUCUAUGCUAAUAUAGCUUAUGUUCAUUAUGCUAAAACAGGUGCGGAAAGGAAUCUUGAAGAGUCGAGAAAUUAUUUUGAAAAAGCACUUCGAAUAUACCAAAAAACGACAAGUAAGAUUACACAUGAUGCUAUCGAGCGAGCAUUACUCAAAGCGGAGUGCUAUUCGAACUACGGCCAUUUACUCAGUGUCCUGAAACCUGAUAAUGCUCAGGAACGUUACAAUGAAGCUCUCAAAAUAUACAAGAGUAUUUUACCAGAAGAAGAUCCAAAGUUGAUGCGUGCAUACAUGAAUAUCAUGAUGGAACAUGCUCAUCAUCAGAGUUAUGAAAAAGUAAUCGAAUUAUACGAGGAUACACUGGUGAAUGCACUCAUAAACAAACAAGCCGGAAACGUAUUCGCAUUGGACAAAGUGGUAACCUUAGACGAUCUUAUUGUUCUCAUUCAAAUUGUCGGCGCUUGUUAUAUUCAACAUGAACAACAAUUUUUCAAAGCAAUGUGCACCUGGACUCGAGCAUAUGAACUCGAACGAAAGGCAAAAUUGGUUCAAUUACUUUUUCCUUUUGAAGUUUCAAUGUCGCAAUGGUCUAGAAAACUGAUUGAUACCGCUUACAACAAGGCCUAUGCAUUUUUCAUGUCUGAUCAAGUACAGAUGCCUAAAAAUGAUGAAGAGCUUCGGGAACCCGCACGGGCAGUAUCGGGAAGAGCUAAAAGUGCGAAAAAGACUGAGCAGAAAUGGCCAACUAUCCAAUUUUCACGUGGUUUUAUGUGUUACAAAAGGUAUCUAUGUAAGGAUGCUAUCAAAUACUUGAAGGAAACCAUGAAAGAAAAUGACAAUUUUCAUGCAAAUCUUCUACUGGCAGAAAUGUUUCAAGCAACGCAUGAUUUCAAACAAGCCGAAGAAACGUACACGAACAGCUUAAAGAAGAUCCAAGCGAUGAAGGAUCAGGCGUUAUUCAUAGAGGUAUCAAUCGCAAAAAUUCAUUGCUUUGAAGAUGAUACAAAAGCGAUAGAAGACUUAAAACAACUUGAAACAAUACUUAAUGUCAAUGAUAAUGAUACAACACGCAUUAGUUUGAAGGCAAUUGUUUAUGACAUGAUAACUGAUUACUACUUAAAACAGAGUAAAUAUAUUGCUGUUAUUACUUAUGCCAACAAAAAUUCAAUUCCACUUAAAAUGCGUUCACUUUCACAAUAUCAUCCAAGUCUCGCAAAGAACCAUGUGUUAGUAGCUCAAGCUUAUAUCGGCCGUGAGCUUUAUUCAGAUGCCAUCAAAUAUUUUGAAAAUACCGUCGAAAUUCAGCGUCUUAAUUUGGCAAGUGAUCAUCUAGAAAUAAAGCUAGUUUAUUAUCAGAUGGGGGAUGUACAUUGCAUGAUGAAUCAACUCGAUCAAGCACACGAAAAAUACGAAUUUGCAGAGAAUGAUAUUAGUGACGAUAACGAUGAGGAUGACACGGAUACAGACACUGGAUACGAUCAACGAAGAUUAUUAGCCCGCGUUAGUAUGAAUCAGCAUUUGGCUACAGUCUAUGCACGACGAUCAGGUUUAGAAACUGCCGAAGCUGAUGCACGUCUAGCAGACAUGACUGCUGCUAUAGAAAAAUAUUCAGAAUCUAUUGAUAUUCUCAAAGAUCUGUACCCGUUCGAUACAUCAAUGCAGCCAUUAGAUAUAUUGACGCUUGUGAAACGUCUUAAGCAGCUUGCAUUUUGUCAUGAACAUCUCGCAGAUGCAAUGGCAUUAGAUGGAUCCGAUGAGACCGAAAGUACAUACAAUGAAGCAUUAGCGAUUCAAGCUAAACUAUUCCAAUAUGCAGAUACUAAUCGAGGAGAGAUCCUUCGCAAGAUUGGUCGCUACUACGAACAAAAUCAAAGCGAUCAAGAAACUGCAAUAUCCUAUUAUCAAGACGCAGUAAAUGAAUCGUUAGAAUCAGCAGCUGCUAUCACUACUUACUAUACAUUGGGACGAUUGACAGUAGAAUGGAAAGAGGAUAGUGAGGCAGCUUCGACAUACUAUAAUGAAGCAUACAAAUUAAUUGAUGAAGAUAAUACUAUUCUGAAGGCUAUUAUGCAUCAAAAAUGUCCUACAAUUCAAGAUUCAAGUCAUGCUGAAGGUGAUGAUAAGGUGGCGCAAGAAUCUAGCGAAAACAAAGAUGGAGAAGAUACAACUGAGAAUGCUGAAAAUACUUUGGAAUCGUCUGAACGACUCAACGACGAUACCGUUUACAAGAAUGCUGAGGCUUAUCAACGACUCGAUGACUCGCAGAGUCUAAUUGCAUACUGUCAAAGUUUUAUCGUAGAAAAUUCAGAAUCGGAUACGACGUUCGAUUUUGAAAUGCCAGACUAUGACGAAAUCGAAUCCGAUCAGCCCAUUUUUAUUAAAAUCUUGGCUGAAAUUCUUUUUGCAUGUGUCGAACAGUUACGUCCUUAUGAAAUCAUUGACCAUGAAAAAGUCAUCCCACGUAAAUUAGCUGAUGCUUAUCUACAUUGGGCACAAGCUCUAAAAACAAGUGGCGAAUAUAAAGAAGCUGUAGAAAGAUAUUUCAAAUCGUUCAUGUUGUAUCAGAAAUGUGUUGAGGCUACUCCAACGAACAGUAAAUUGAUCGAAUUUGUAGAAAAACUCGUGAAAAACGAGUUUUUAGACCCAAUGACACUCGUAUCGGAAUAUGUGCUGAUUUCACCACUCGAGGGAACACGUUUAUGGUUGCAAGUGGCGGCAGCUUAUCGCCACGAAGAGUAUAACGGGGAAGAUUCAUCUAGUCCAGUCGACAAUGCGAUUGAAGCAUGUUCAAAAGCGUUAGAAAAUGCUUCGAAGCUUACACCGACACUUAAAUCAGCAUGUCAUUACGCAAUGUUGCGAAUCUAUAGAGAUUUGAGAUAUGCCGACAACGACGGUAAAGCUUUUAUUGAAAAAAUAGCUAAAGAUGGCGAUUAUAAAACGCGUCAAAAUCAUAUUACUGUGUUCGAUCAACGACUCUUGAGUCAGUGGGUACGCGAUUUCAUCGACGAAUACAAUGAACGAUGUGAAGACGGUGAGAUUCCCAGUAAGUUGGCUGACAAGUUCUUCUUGCCUUCACUUGAAGAUGCUAUGAAUGAAAAGCAGAGCUCACUGCAAUAUCUUGGUGAUACAUUAACAGUUAUGAAUGACUAUCAGGGUGCAGUAGCCUACUGGAAAUGGAUGAUUAGUGAAUGCGAAAGUUUCUAUUCAAAAACAAUAAAAUUUAUCAUUUACGACGAAGAAAAAACAAUUGGCCAAGUCUUCAAUGAAAUACAAAAAUUAGAAGGACAUGCUCAUGAAUAUAUGCAACGUCUAGUGACGAGCCAUGUGCAACUUGCUCGCUACUAUAUUGAAGCAGGUGAACGACUGAAUGUGCCAACAACGGACACUGUAGAUUAUUUUGAAAACGCAACUUCGCAAUGUCAAAUGGCAAUAAAGUUACGCCCGCAAAUCAGUCGUGAUUGGAAGCCAGAAAAUGUCGAAUUGCAACGAUUGCUUAAAGAAACCGAAAAAAAAUUGACUGAAGCUAAAACCAAAGCUGAAGAAGAAGAAGAAAACGAGGAUGAUGAAGACGACGGUGGCGAUGACGGUGAUGAUGAUGAAGAUGAAGAUAAUGAUAACAAUGAAGACUAA